AUGAAUGGUGGAUCGGAUUUCCAGCAGCUUCAAGACUCGCCCUAUCAUUCCGAUGCCUCCGCGCCAGCGCCCAAAACGCCUCGGGUCUUAGCGUGCAACCACUGUCAGCAUCGCAAGGUGAAAUGCAAUCGCGUGUUUCCCUGUAAUAACUGCAUCAAGGCCAAUGUACCAUGCGUACCAUCAACGCCUGCUCCAGCCCGCAAGAGAAGAGCGCCAAAUGCGCUACUACAAGAGAGAAUUAAGAACCUCGAGGCUCUGCUGGAGCAGUACACCUCCCAAGACUCACCCAAGCAGAGUUCAGACGCAAAUGGAUUGACGCCUCAUGAUCCGAUGGAAAUCUCUGCCAGGUCUUCACCGGCUCAAUCUAAUGGACACGGCGCUCAGACACCAACUGGUCCUGGCAAGUUGGUAGUUCGGAAUGGCGGGCCUCUGCUGACAUUCAGCUCACAGAUCUCAGAAAUGCGUCAUAUUCUUGAUGAGGACACGUCAGACGAGGAGAACUGCCAUCCCACCGAUUCACCCGCUCCCCACGAAGACGAUGACCUUCUUCUAGCCAGGACUUCCGCUCUGAGUAUCAAUGAUCAAGCCCCGCUGCCUUUCCAGAUUCUUCGCUUAUGGCAGGUGUUUCUGGAGAGAGUCAAUCCUGUAACCAAAAUGAUUCAUACUCCGACUACAGAACAUCUGGUAAUCGGUGCAAUGACAAACCACUCCGAUAUAUCGCACAAGAACCGGGCACUCCUAUAUGCUAUCUAUCUUGUUUCUGCCGUCACUUUGACGGGAGAGGAAGCAAUGACGAUGUUGGGCUUGCACAAGGACGAAGCAUUGCAAAUCUUCACCCAAGGCUUGAAGAUGGCCCUGAACAAGGUCAAUUUUCUGAGGAAUUAUGAUAUGGUCGUUCUCCAAGCUCUGGUUUUAUACCUGAUCGCCUUGCAAGGCCGCAGCAACCAUGACGCGGUAUGGGUUCUCAGCGGUGUCGUUAUUCGCAUAGCUCACAAGAUGGGCGUCCACCGCGAUGGAGAAGCAUUCGGCCUGACUCCAUUCGACACAGAGAUGCGUCGUCGGGUAUGGUGGCGAAUCAUCAUACUGGACUGCAUGUACGCCGCAACAUCUGGAAUGAACCCAACGCUUCUACCUCUGGGUUGCGACACCAAGCUUCCUCACAACAUCAACGACGCGGAAUUCUCACCAGAAUCUAAAGUGAUCCAGAACAAACAGGGUGCCACAGAAAUGGCCUUUGCUCUCCUUCUCUAUGAGAUUGUUCGCUUCGUCAAAGAUCAUCAGAUGUCCGAUUUCGAACACCUUCUACUAGGAGGACAAGACGUGGAGCCCGGAACGCCCGAAUAUGAUACGUAUCACGAGUCUUUGGAUAAGCUGACACACCUUGCUGAUGAAUUCGACAAAACGAUGAGUGAGGCUGAGGAAAAGUACUGUGAUCCAUCAGGAGGUCCACUUCAUGUCUUCGCACUGGCGUUUAGACCUCAUAUUCUGAGGGAAGUCAGAACGAUGGCGACACCGAUGGAAGAAACACCAGAAUGGGGAACUGAAGUGAAAAAUUCGCAUGACAACUUUUUUCGCAUCUGGCUUGCGCACAAUGAGAAUGAACAGGCGCUUCAUGAUCUUAUAGCAAACGGCCCUUUUGCGUACUCAUCCAAGUCGCACUUUCACUUCGAUUCGCUCAUUUUCCUCGCGGGUCAACUGGUCCAUCGUUCACCAGUUGGAUCUUUUACAGAACGGACAUGGAGCCUUUUCGAUAGGUUUUACCGUCAUUAUGAAGAGCUUUGGAAUCUAUCUCAGCAUAAGAAUUUUCAACUCGCGAGAUUGUUGCUCAAAGCUUGGGAACCUCGACAAAGGGCGCUGGAGCAGCUUGGAACUCCCUUUGAGGUACCUGAGUGCGUGCAGAAGCUUCGGAUUGCUGUUUCACAGGCUGGAUUGUCAUGGAUGAGCCCUAGAGAGAUGCCCUUCCAGGCCACGAAUGGUUGUGGCCUAGAAGGUAUGGAUCAGAUGCAGAUGGGCACAAACGGGAGUGCCUCAACGGAUAUCUUUCAAAGCCCUACUAUGACUGGGGACUUGUCCAUGGCUGGAAAUAUCCCAGCCAUGGACAGUAUGGAUACGCAGACGCCAGUUCUUCCGUUCUUUGGCUUCUUCAAUAGUACAACAUGGUAG